AUGGAGCAUCCUGGGAAGGGUGGCUGGGACCAGAAAGGGUGGCUGUGGUCAUGGUGGGAUCCUCUGGAAGCCCCUCCAGAGAGCUCUGGUCACAGAGGGAUCCUCAGGAAGCUUUUCCAGCAGAGCUCUGGUCACAUUGGGAUCAUCUGGAAGCUUUUCCAGCAGAGCUCUGGUCACAUUGGGAUCCUCUGGAAGCCCUUCCAGAGAGCUGUGUCAUGGUGGGAUCCUCUGGAAGCUUUUCCAGCAGAGCUCUGGUCACAGAGGGAUCCUCUGGAAGCUUUUCCAGCAGAGCUCUGGUCACAGAGGGAUCAUCUGGAAGCCCUUCCAGCAGAGCUCUGGUCACAGAGGGAUCCUCUGGAAGCUUUUCCAGCAGAGCUCUGGUCACAGAGGGAUCCUCUGGAAGCUUUUCCAGCAGACUCUGGUCACAGAGGGAUCUUCUGGAAUCCCUUCCAGCAGAGCUCUGGUCACAGAGGGAUCCUCUGGAAGCUUUUCCAGCAGAGCUCUGGUCACGGUGGGAUCUCUGGUCACUGGAAGCCCUUCCAGCAGCGCAGGGGAUGGGAGGAGGCACUUCCAGCAUCCAGGGGCUGCUCCCGGAGCUGUCCCGGCGCACACCGGCAGGGCGGGGGGCGCUCGGGCUGUCCGUGUGUCGCUGUCCGUGUGUCCCAGCGGGGCCGUUCCUCGGGGCCGGGGCUUCCUUUUGUUGUUGUUGAAGUGUUCUUUUGGGGUUCAGGUUUGGCCGUUUUUCCGCGGGGAGGGGGGUGCGGGUCUGUUCUGGGUUCAUGGACAAGGCGAGGGCCUCGAUUAGGACCAAAUUUUCGUGCCUGUUGCUCUGGUGAUUUAUUUAGAAAUCAGAAGUUUACUGUCUGGUGGGCCAUCCUUGUCACUCUAUACAUAGGACUAUACAGGACAUAUUAUAAAUAUAUAUAUAUUAUACAUAGCGUGUGGAGAGGGGCCGUUCCGGCGGGAUGGACACUCCUCACUCGCCGUGCUGAGAUGUAGCUUCGAGCCCGCGCUGGCAGCGCCCUCCAGGAUGGCGAGGACAAAUAAAGGAAUGAGCAUCACUG